CCUGAGAGACCCAUGGCUUCAAGCACCUGGACCUUGCUCUUGCCAGCCACCGAUCAUCGCAGCUGCCCUGGUGGCCGAAGGCAAAGAGCCUUCACAGUCCUCACCUUCUUCCUCUUCUUGCCACGCUUUCCUGCUUCCGGCUGUCCAGAUGUUUGCAGCUGCUCCUUGGGGAAAGUAAACUGUGUGGACCGUAGGCUGCGUUUUGUACCUCUCCAGUUGCCCACAAAGGCCACCACCCUCCUGCUGGACUACAACCGCAUUGCCAUUCUCAGGAACGACACCUUUGUGGCCCAGAAAGUCUUGCGCCGCUUGAGCCUUGGCAACAAUGUCCUGGCCAGCAUUCACCGCUUGGCCCUGGUGGGCCUCCAUGAGCUGCUGGACCUGGACCUGAGCGACAACUCCCUGAGCCUCCUGCACCCAGAGACUUUCCUCCCUGUGCCAACCCUGAGGACGCUAAAACUGGGGAACAACAGGCUCCUGAGGCUGGAACCAGAACUCCCCGGGGCCCUCCCCCAUCUGAGGGCCCUCUUUGUCCACAGCAAUGCACUGACCUCCCUCCCGGCCGGCUUCUUUGAAAAUCUGCCUUCCUUGUCUCACCUGACCCUUGAAGACAACCCCUGGACCUGCUCCUGUGGCAUCCGGCCCCUCUUCCUGUGGCUGGUGAAGAACAGGGACAAAGUUCCAGAGGUGAAUUCAGUGACUUGCAAACGCCGAGCGUCUCUUGCCCAGUAUCCUGUCUCGACCCUUGGAAAUGAAUCCUUUGCACGUUGUCAGGAUGCCCGGAUGCAUCUCCCCGGCUACGCCUUCUUCCUCCUGAUCGGCCCAUCGACUUUCCUGGCCAGCAUUUGUGUCGGCAUCCUAUUGGGCUCGCUGGCAGUGGCCCACCUGAAACUGAGGAGGACGGGCUCGUGCAUUUGGCCACGGGCUCCGGUGAGGCGCGCAGGGACCCCCCUGCACUAAGCGGGUUUCGCUCCCAAAGAAUCGUCCUUUGGAACUCUCCCCGUGUCUCUGCCAGCAGAACUGCAGCAUAAUAGCUCUAGAAAUCGUUUCUGUUUCCAAUGCUUUGUGCAUAAAAUCCCAAUUCCUCUCUCA